AUGUUAAUAAAAAUUCUAAAUUAUAUAUUCAAGAUAUUUAACUUGAUUGUGGCGAGCUCAGAUCUGAGACAAGAGGAGAAGAAACUGUUGCAUUUCUCGUCGAGAUUCAUUGAUAAAUACACUCCGAUUAUCGUGAAUGAGAAUGAAAUGCAUUCAGAUAAUUAUUUCAGUAACCUCAUCACGCUGAGAUUGACCAAAUACAUUUUCAUCAAUCACGUGGAUAAAAUAUCGACGUAUCAAGCAGAUUUUAUAAGGAAAUUCAAUAAGAAUUUCAUGGUUUACAUAUUGACAAUAGAUCUUCAAGAAUCGAAUCGGGGCGAUGUUACUAAUGAUAACGUUGAAAAGCCUUCGACUUCUGAGAAAACGUCAGAGUUGUUACCAGCAGAUGGAUCGUUUAUUAAUAAAGAGAAGAAACAGUCCAAGAGCAAAAUACCUAUUUCCACUCAAUCCAGAACUAUAAACGCUGCCAGUAAAGAUAAAAUGGUUAACAAACACAACAGUUUAUUCAAUUUAAGCCAACAGCAGCAGCAAUGCGAAAGCUCCAAGCCUAGUAGCAAAGGCUACGAUUUUCUUAAACGCGUCAUGAAGUGGCCCAAAUAUAAAGUAUCCAACACGUCCAUGGAUGAAAUCUUCGUGCAAGAAUUGCCUUACGAUGAAAGCGCGAAAGGCAAUCAACUUGGAAAACCCGACAUGCCCACAUCUUUCAUAAAAACCAUCAAUCCGUAUUUAGAUUACACUUUGGCGGAAGCGCUGAAAGAGGUGUUAAGUUUGGUGCAAAAUUUGCAGGAAAGCGAAAUGCGUAUCAAAGAGAUGAUCAUGAAGUACAUCGAAGACGAAUCGCUUGAAAAGCAAUUAAUUAAAACUAUGGAGAGUCAUGAAAGGCUCCUUUUUGAAUCGGAAAGACGGGCUUUGCAUUUGAGCAGCGAAACUUGGUUGCAGCAAUCUGAAAUCUACAAGGAACAGAACAACGCUAUGCAGAAUACGCUUCAAUCUGUGGUGCAUCAGAAUCGAGAACUGCAGGAAGACAACGAAGAGUUGACGAGGAGGAACGAGAAGUUAUACAUGAAAAUUGUGCUGUUGCAGGAGGCAGGAUCGCCUAUAAAUCAUCGACCUUCCACAAUAACUUCAAUGCGAAUUAUAGAGGAUUUGAACAAAAAUAACGAUAAACUUAGAUCUAAGUUGAACGUAAUGUUCGGGCAGAUGCACGAUCUCGAAGACACACUGAAGCAGCUCCAGAGGAAAAACGAAUUCCUGCAGAAGCAGAUUAACAACAACAACUUUCAAUUGCAAACUAAUAGAAGUGAGUUUGAGUUAAACAACAUUGAUUACUCUUAUUGA